AGCGGGUCUACGAAAAUGCCCCGUUCGCAUUUCACUAGAAGGCAUUGUCUAGCGAUGACGGGCGGCUUAAUUGCAUUGGCGUUGCUGAUCUUGUGCUUCACACACUCCACGGUUAUCUCCGGCAAGAUCACCGAUCCCGGCACCGAUGAGUCUACGCUUGAGCUGUUGCAUGUGGUUUUCCGACAUGGGCCACGCACACCGGCGGACACAUAUCCAAGGGAUCCCUAUGUAAAUGAAACCUACUAUCCAUUUGGCUGGGGACAAGUAACAAAUAAUGGCAAACGCGAGCUGUUCAACAUUGGAACUUGGCUGCGUAAGCGUUAUGGCAAAUUUCUGGAACCCUACUAUAGUCCCGAUUUGGUGCACGCACAGGCAACGGGCGUGCCACGGACACACAUGACCAUGCAAACGGUUCUGGCCAGCUUCUUCCCCCCGAAGGGCACGUCCAUGGAGUGGAACAGCAAGUACAAUUGGCAGCCCAUUCCAGUUUUCUCCCAGGAGCUGAACGAGGAUACGCUGUUGCUCGUUCGCACGCCCUGUCCGCGCUAUUUCGAGGCCCUGCACGAGGUUUAUGAAAAGCCGGAAGUUAAGGCAGAAAUUGCACCUUAUUUGGAGAUGUACAAGGAGCUGGCAUCCCACACCGGACUCAGUUUUAACGAACCCGAGGAUGUUCAAUCGCUGUAUCUUACAUUACUUGCCGAACAGGAAUGGGGACUGGAUCUGCCCGAUUGGACUAAGAAAUAUUUCCCAGAGAAAAUGCAAUUCCUAACAGAACAAAGCUAUGUGUAUAAUGUGUAUACGCCAGAGAUGCAGAAGAUUAAGGCUGGUCCAUUCCUCAAAAAGAUGUUCGAUGAAAUGCAACAGAAGCGCAAUGAAACCUUGAAGCCCGAUAGACGCAAACUCUUCAUCUACACGGGACACGACUCGACAGUCGUCAACGUGCUGUCUGCCUUGAAGAUCUGGGAACGUCAACUGCCCCGAUACUCGGUCAUGGCGCUUUUCGAGCUGCACAAGAACAAAGAGACCGGCGAAUACUGGGUGGAGAUCUAUUUCCGUAAUAAUCCAAAGGCACCAGCCGAUAAAUUAACUGUGCCUGGCUGUGACUUCCAGUGUCCGUUGGACAAGCUUCUGGAGCUGGCCAAGGAUGUGGUGCUCACGGAAGCAGAUGCCAAUCGAUGCGAUGCCCGAAAUGAACAAUUUACAGAGCCACCACUGCGUGGCCCAUAGAAAAUCAUGGAAAACUGAUGUAAUUUUCAUUUGGAAUCCUACAGGUGCUAAAACUCAGGGAGCUUAAUGUUAGUUAAGUCAACUUUUAGUUUAAGUGUAACAAUACAAACUUAUUAAAGAUCAAAUCCAAAUUGUCA